AUGUACCCCAACCCUCUCAUCUACUGCACCUGCUGGGACCCCUGGAACUUGGGACCACGGAAGCUAAUCAAGACCCCUCGGCCACCAACCAAGACCUCCGUAGGGAAGCCCAAGCUAACUCCUCUUCCUCCAGCUGCAAAAAAACAAAGUUGUGUUCAACCAACAACAAAACCUGUUGUUGCCCCAAAAGUGACAGUCGAUUUAGGAAAACAAGAGGAGAGCAACACAUUACCUAAUGAAGUGAUAAAUGUGUCACCUGGCUAUCGCCUCAUUCGAAAUAGGGAGCAGAUUUACGUCACCUUGGGAGAUGAAAUGUUUGAUAAGAAAAAGCAGUCGAGAUCAGAGAUCAUGGACAGAAUCAAAAUUUCCAGGACUGAUAUCAUUACUGACCUCGAAGAGCAGAUCUCAGAGCUGACCGUGAUCAUUGAGCAAAUGAACAGAGACCAUCUGUCUGCCCAGAAAUUGCUCUCCGAUGAAAUGGCUCUCCACUGUGCUGAGAUGCAGGAGAACUUCGAAAACAAGAACAAGGCGCUCAAAGAGGCUCACGCAACAGAGCUCAGUCAGUUGGAGAACAACUACAAAGCAUCAUUGAAGGCAGAGAAGCUGGCUGCCCAAGAAAAACUAGAUGAGAUGGAAAAGGAAUAUAAGUAUUUGAAGAAUAUGUUUCAUAUGUAUCAGGACAGCGUUUAUGAUGAAAUGGAGGACAAGUGGUCGAAGAAGAAGGCAGAAUGGGAAAAGGAGGAGAAGUUGGAGCGGGAAAAGAUCCUGCUACAGCAAAAACAUAAAAUGACAAAAAAGUUUGAGUUAGAGUCAAUAGAAGAAAAGAAGAAAAUAAAUGAUUCCUACAGUGCCAUCUUUGAGAACUUCAUUCGAGAGAAGGAGGAGCUACUGAAACAACAUGAAAAGGAUACCUUACAAUUAGAGGAGCUAAGAAAGACCAAACAGGUCAUGGAGGAAGAGUUGAAUACACAAGCUGUUAUCCUAGAAACACUUAACACAACCCUCUACCAAACCCAGAUGGAACUUCAGAGAGAGAAAGCUACAGUGGGAAAUCUGGAGAAAAUGUUCCAGAUCAAGCUUGCUGAAGCUGAAGAAAAGUUUAAAUAUACCAUACAGCUUCUGACAGAAGAAAACAUUCAUCUAAGGCAAAAAAUAAUUGCCAAGAAUGAAGAAAUUUAUGAAGAACGAUCUGGGAGGUCAACCUCUAUUUAUGAGGAUGAUUCUGACACUUUAGAAGAUGACAAAAAUGAAAAACAAGAAUUGUGA